UUGUCUUCCCCCUCUCUCCCUCUCUCUCUCUCUCAGUGUGUUUUAUUCUCUCUGCUCGGUGGUCGGUCGGUAGGAUGCUCGCUGAUCAGUUAUCACAGUGUCAGUAAUCGAUCGUUAUUUACCGGAUCGAUAACGUCGGAGCGGGAUGAAGGUUCUCUGCAGCGGAUCAAUCUCGUACCUCCUGCUCCUCCUCUCCCUUCCAGUUUAUUUGGCUGCUCAUGGUCGCUAUGCUCAGAAGCUGAUGACUGACUUGUUUACCAACUACACCAACGCUCUGCGGCCAGUGGAGGACACUGACCACAUCAUCAACGUCACACUGCAGAUCACUCUCUCCCAGAUCAUCGAUAUGGAUGAGCGGAACCAGAUCCUGACUACCUACCUAUGGGUGCGGCAAGUAUGGAUGGACUACUACCUCAGCUGGAAGAAGGAGGACUAUGACGGCCUUGACACCAUCCGCAUACCCAGCAGCUACGUAUGGAGACCUGAUAUUGUCCUGUAUAACAGUGCAGAUGAUGAGUUCUCCAGCUCAAUGGAGACCAACGUGGUUCUUCGUAACGAUGGUCAGGUCAUGUGGGACCAGCCAGCCAUCACCAAAAGCUCCUGCUCCGUGGACGUGGCCUUCUUCCCCUUUGAUGUGCAGGAGUGUCAUCUAACCUUUGGCUCCUGGACUCACAACGGCAACCAGAUGGACCUGAUUAAUGCGUUGGACAGCGCUGACCUGGCUGACUUUGUCCCCAAUGUGGAGUGGGAGGUUCUGGGCAUGCCAGCCAAGAAGAAUGUCAUCCUGUAUGGUUGCUGUUCAGAUCCGUAUCCAGACAUCACCUUCACACUCCACCUAAAGAGACGUGCCUCCUUCUACAUCUUCAACCUCCUCAUUCCCUGCAUGAUGAUCUCCUUUCUGUCUCCGCUGGGCUUCUAUCUGCCGGCUGACUCGGGUGAAAAGGUUUCUCUGGGUGUCACGGUGCUACUGGCCCUCACUGUGUUUCAGUUGCUGGUGGCUGAGAGCAUGCCACCCUCCGAGAGUGUCCCACUGAUAGGAAAGUACUAUAUUGCUACCAUGACGAUGGUGACUGCAUCUACAGCGCUCACCAUCUUCAUCAUGAACAUCCACCACUGCGGUUCCGAGGCUCGCCCAGUCCCGCAAUGGGCCGAACGCUUCAUCCUUAACUACCUCGCUCGUAUCUGUUUCGUCUACGAGGUUGGGGAGAACUGCCUUGGUGCGACCACAUCCAGGAAACAACCUCUGGCUCAGGGGGAGUCUGAAGCCCCGUCGGCCAAUGGCGGCAACAACACCAAAGGAACAAACUGGGACGUGAACGGGCAGGCGUGGGGAGGGAGGGGGGAGGAGGAGGGUGCUGAGGAGUCUAUGAAGCUGGAGCGGGAUUUGACCAUCCAAAAGGACUGGAAAGAGGAUCUGUUUGUGACCAUCGACCACUCAGAGGAGGAAGGAGCUGCUGGGGGACAUGAAGUGGAGCGGGGGGAGUCAUACAGUGCAUGUGCAGGAGGUGGAGAGCAUGUUCAGGAAAAGAAAGGUGUAGGAGGUGAAGGGGGAGGCGGAGCCAGGGAGAACAGGAGGGAGAUCUUGGUGAGAACCCAGUGUGUGUGCCAGCACCAGGGACUGCGCAGGAACGUUGAGUACAUUGCCAACUCAUACCAGGACCAGCGAGCUGCACAGCUACGCAUUGGGGAGUGGAGGAAGGUCGCCAAGGUCAUGGAUCGGUUCUUCAUGUGGCUCUUCUUCAUUAUGGUCUUCUUCAUGAGUAUCCUCAUCCUGGGAAAAGCCAUCUAAUGGAGAUCCCACUUCAAAGAAUCAUGAGAGUGUGAAGGAAGCCAGUUGCUAAAGUAAUUUGUUGAACCAGUAAGUCUUAAUUAGGCCUUUUCCACCAACAGGGAACCGUCUUUGUUCUGGUUCGCACACCUAGUUUUGAGCAUUUUGACCAAAACUAAAUAGUUUUUUUCAUUUUUUAAUUUCAGCCAAAAAAUACAGACCUUGUGCAAAAACUUUCAGCCUAAAUUUAAAUUAAAAUUUUGCAGAUGAAAAAACUUGCAUGGCUAUUUUAAAAGUCCCUGGACCUCUAACCUCAACAAUCUGAUUAAAAUUGAGUUUUAUGGGUACCCACGAGUCUUCCCUUCUCGAUCUUCCCACUUUAUACUAAUCCCAUGUAGUUUCUUUGCAUGCAGUAUAAAUGUGUUAUUUUAGUGUAUUUUAAUAUUUCUGCAUACUGCGGACCAUAAACAGUGUUGGAACUACAUAAAUUGGGAAUGACUGGAAAGCUGAGACUCGUGGAUUAAAUGAACCCAACAGCAUGGUUUGAAAGAAUAUCGUUAUAUUUUUUUAAGAGUGGAAUAUGACAUUAAACGGUGGGUCAGAGUUCAUUUUAAUCACACUGGCUUCCAUCUGUUUGUGAUGAUCAAAAAUGUUUACAUGAUGAGAUGAAUGAUCUGUAACCAACAAAGUAUAUUAUGGCCUACAGCUGAACACACACAGUUUUAAAUACUUUAUAAUAUAAUAUAUUUUGAGUGUUCAUUUUUUGACAACAUAAGAAUGCAUGCAGGAUUUUUUUUAAUUUUUAUUCAUCAAUCACAUUGAAAUUAAUGAUAUCUGGGACUACAACAAUUAUUGUCAUCGUUUUUUUUUCUAUUUAUCAAUUUAUUUUUUAGUACAGUAUAUAAAAUGUAAAAUACUUCUGUAUUCUCAUUUCAAGCCUUCAUACUGGAGAAGCUUGAAUAACCUAAAGUUUUAAGAUCAAAUUAGACAAAUGACUUCAACAUCAAGUAUCCAACACGUUCUCUCUCCCAACUCAUCGAAUACCGCCUGAUCAGUGGCUCUCCGUUUUAAAAUAUGAUGCUUUAGUUACCCUGCGUGGUUAAUGUUGGCAAACGGUGGCAGUUUGGUUAGGAUUUCAUUGGCGGACGCGUCCAGAAAUGAACAAAGAGGAAUACCUAUACGACCAUUUAUUUUGCUAUGAAUUUAAUUUUAAGUGAGUUUUGUCAUUCAUAGUUCUAACAGAACAUUCAGUUUUGUGUUUGAGACCAAAGAAGUUCAAGUCCAGUCACUGACUCUAAAUGAGAGACAGACUGAGACAGACUGAGACAGAAAAACGGAACGCUAGUGAGAUGGGUUUUUGCAGCCAGGCAUACGAUUGCAGUGACACUGAUUGGCUGCCAGUGUCAAUGUUUGUUCUAGAAAGAAAUUGAAUUAAACCAGUUUUCUGAACAAGGACAGAGGUUGUAGAAAAUUAAAAAUGAGGAACAGUGGUAUAGAUGUGGUCUUUAAGAAACUGUGAGUGGAAGGAAGGAAUGAAGGAAGAAAAGAAGGAAGGAAGGAAGGAAGGUAGAAAUGAAGGAAAGAAGAAAGGAAGAAAGGAAGGAGGAAUAGAAGCGCCUGGAUGCCAACAAAGCUGGUCUGACUUUUUAAAAACUACAGAUGAUUUUCAGCUCAAAUCCAAUCCACACUAAAACAGGAGCAAGCUGGUCUUCCGAGUACGGCCUAAUGUGUCGAAACAACUCUCUUAACUCAUCUGGAUACCUGGGGAGUGCUCUAUUAAAAUAAAUCCCUUCUUCUGAUGAAAUGAUAAAACACUGUAACUGAAAAAGUUCACGGGAGCAGCAGAGUAGAUCUGAGGCUGAAGAUUCAGAGAAAAUCCCACACAGUUUCUUUCUCAUGUUAUCAGUUAUUCAGCCAAACGAGUUUACUUUAGCAUCACUCACUGCAUGACCGAGCCAUACACUGUAACUGUGAUAAUGUCAUUAUAACAAAGAGUUAUUCAAGAAACAGGCUUAUCAAGCCUUUGGGACAUACAUCCUCUUGCUCCAGGCAGUUUAGCUGCUUUCAUGAGACUUAAAAACAUAUCAUAUGUUAUCUGUUUAAAAACAAAACCUUAACAAUAUUUACUUUUAGACUGCAAAAUGUCCCAAUAAUGAGUACAUAUCUUGGUCAUAAUUAUGCAAUAAACAAAUUACUUAUCAAAAUAUUUGACUGAGGUGAAAAAAUAAAUGAAACUUGCCUGAAUCCAAAAUAAGGUUACUCAACUUUUCUGCAGUGUGUGUCUUCUUAACAAUGUAAAAACAAGAAAUGCCAAAUCACUGUAACUACUUGUUAUAUAUAACCUGUUUGUGUGGUGUUCAACAUUUGUCAAAAAACACAUAUUUACACAUGACACACUGUUAAUGCCAUGAAAUACAUUAAAGAUUUCUUAUUAAAACAACUUUGUUUAGUGAA